ACUGACUGGCCCUAACCAGUCAUACCGGCCAGGUUAGUGGUCUAAGUAAUGGGCAGUUUAGUAAUAUACAUUGUUCUAAUGAGUUAUCUUGCCACUUUCCUGUGCAUAAGGCUGUGAGUUUUAAUUAUGUGCCUUUUUCAGAUACAAGUGCAUUUUUACCUUGUAGGAUUGAGACUAUGUCUGUCCCCCGUGUCGCUCGAAACCGAAAAACUCAGAAAAUCUGUUUUAAUAAUCUUAUUAAAAUUAAAACAACAGCAUCCGUCUCUCAGAGUACCAGCAGCGUCCGUAUGAAACUAGGGCUAUUAAAUAUAAGAUCGCUAGCACCAAAAUCAGUUAUUGUUAAUGAUAUUAUUACUGAUAAUCACCUUAAUGCACUAUGUCUGUGUGAAACCUGGAUUAAACCUGAUGAAUAUAUCGCUUUAAAUGAGUCUACCCCCCCAGGUUUUAGCUAUUUCAGUUACCCACGCAUGCGUGGCGGUGGUGUUGCCACAAUCUAUGACUCAAUGUUAGGUAUAUCUCAAAACUCACAAUUGGAUGCUAAGUCGUUUGAAGUUCUUAGUCUUAAAGUAGCAGGCCCGUCUCCUGCUUCCAAAACGCAGCAUUCGUUUCUGCUUAUAACACUGUAUCGUCCUCCUGGACCAUACUCAAAUUUUAUUAGUGAAUUUGCUGACUUUCUAGCAGCAGUAAUUCUUCUUUCUGAUAAGAUCAUAAUUGUUGGAGACUUUAAUAUCCACUUUGAAAAGGACCAGGAUCCACUAAAAAUUGCAUUUAAAUCAGUUUUAGAUGCUCUAGGCUUUAAACAAAAUGUAAUUGGCCCCACUCACCGAUGUAGUCAUACAUUAGACUUAGUUUUGACACUGGGUAUUGAGGCUGAGAAUAUAGUUACUCUUUCUCAACAUGACUCAAUAUCCGAUCAUUAUCUAAUUAUGUUUGAAAUAGUUUUUAAUCAAAAUAUCCUCCUCCCUCCCCGCUAUAUCAGCAAGCGUAAAAUAACAACCGCAAUUGCUAAUGAAUUUGUAAAUAAACUCCCCGACUUAACCAUCUCCCUUCCGUCCUAUGAGCAUGAUCUCGAGCACAAAACAGAAAAUCUACAAACUGUGCUCCGCUCUAACCUUGACCGCGUAGCGCCGACAAAAAUAAAACAAAUCAGGGAUAAAAAGCUAGCACCGUGGUAUAAUGACCACACACGUACAUUAAAACAAACCGCUCGUAACUUUGAACGUAAAUGGCGACACACAAAACUAGAAUGUUUCCGGCUAGCAUGGCAGCAUAGUCUCACAGACUACAAAAAAGCCCUAAUUAAAACAAAAUCCCAGUAUAUUUCAUCGCUUAUUGAGAAAAAUAGAGACAAUCCUAGAUUCCUUUUCACUACUGUGGCUAAACUCACCGGCAGUCAAAAACAAACUAGCUCCGUUAUCCCUGUCGACAUUAAUAGUAAUGAUUUCAUGAAGUUCUUUGAUGAUAAAAUUAAUAGCAUUAGACAAAAAAUUCAGUAGAGUGUUUCAGCCCGGUUACAGAAAAAGAUUUACUUAGUGUAAUUAACUCAUCAAAAUCAACAUCAUGUAUAUUAGAUCCAGUACCCACACAAUUAUUGAAACAGGCACUGCCAAAGGUGGGAAAAUCAUUACUAGAAAUAGUAAAUUCAUCCCUUAGCAUGGGCUACGUACCCAAUUCUCUUAAAUUGGCGGUCAUUAAGCCCAUUAUCAAAAAGCCAAAUCUGGACCCCCGCGAGCUUGCUAAUUAUAGACCAAUUUCUAAUCUUUCCUUUAUAGCCAAAAUCCUAGAAAAAUUUGUGUUUAACCAGCUGCGCUUGUAUCUACAAAGUAAUAGUAUGCAUGAGGUUUUUCAAUCUGGAUUUAGACAAAACCAUAGUACUGAAACAACUCUACUUAGAGUAACUAAUGAUUUACUUUCAGCUCUUGAUAGGGGCAGUAAUGCCAUCCUUGUACUGCUAGAUGUAAGUGCUGCCUUUGACACCAUAGAUCACGCUAUUCUACUUGAUAGGUUAGAAAAUCUUAUAGGAAUUAAAGGAUCAGCCCUCACCUGGUUCAGAUCUUAUCUGAGAGAUUGAUUCCAGUGUGUUUACUUAAAUAACGAAUGCUCUUAUCAGUCUAGAGUAAAAUAUGGUGUCCCUCAAGGAUCAACCCUGACUCCAUUACUCUUUACUCUUUAUAUGCUACCACUGGGUAAAAUUAUCCGUAGGCAUGGUAUUAACUUUCACUGCUAUGCUGAUGACACGCAACUUUACAUAUCUGCUAAACCCAACGAGGAGCUCUGUACAAAUCAAAUAACAGACUGUAUUAAAGACAUUAAAAAUUGGAUGACACACAACUUUCUCUUACUUAAUUCUGAUAAAACUGAGGUCCUUCUAUUAGGUCCUAAUAUUGAUAAAAACAUAAAUGUUAAUACUGUAGACAUAGACGGUCACUUAAUUAUACCUGGUAAAACUGUGAGAAACCUUGGGGUCAUCUUUGACCCAAUUCUUUCGUUUGAUGCUCACAUAUGUAGCAUAGUCAAAAUUGCAUUCUUCCACUUAAGAAAUAUAGCUAAAAUCCGCAGUAUACUCUCUCUGGAAGAUGCUGAGAAGCUGGUACAUGCAUUCAUAACCUCCAGGCUGGACUACUGCAACGCGUUGUUGGCUGGAAGUCCACAUAAAUUACUCCAUAAACUCCAGCUAGUUCAGAAUGCAGCCGCAAGAGUGCUUACCAGAGCUAGAAAGUUCGAUCACAUUACACCUAUUCUUUCAUCCCUACAUUGGCUACCUGUUAGAUUUCGUAUAGAUUACAAAAUACUUCUCCUGACGUAUAAAUCCCUUAAUGGUCUGGCCCCGCAUUAUCUACAGGAACUCCUUACUCCUUACAAUCCGCCGCGUUCACUCCGCUCCCAAGACGCUGGCCUGUUAUUAGUCCCGCGCAUUAGAAAAAACUAUGCAGGAGGAAGAGCGUUCUUUUAUAAAGCUCCCCAACUUUGGAAUAGCCUCCCUAUUAAUAUACGGGACUCAGACACACUCUCAAUCUUUAAAUCUAGACUCAAAACAUUUCUAUUUGCUCAAGCUUUUGAGUAAUGUCUCAUUACAAUUUUCUUCCUCUUACAGCUUAUCCAGCAAAUAUAAACCCUGUCCUAAUCAUCUGCUUUCUCUUUCUCUCCCCAUGUCCUGAGCUGCUGCUACCAGUGCCCAUCCCACUCCAGCAGAGUUUUAUAAAACCAUUCUAACCCCUUUCUCUUCCCUCCCCUCUCUGUUCUCUAUCUCUAUCUUUCUCACAUGUGCUGAGACGCCUGGCCGGCCGGUCUUCCUGGAUGUGUCCGUCUGUGGUUCCAGCUUUCAGGAAUCAGCCCUGUCCUUCUAUUCAUCAGAGUUAUUACACAACCCUUCUAACUCCUGCUUUUUUUUUCUCUUCCUUUCCUUUCUGUUUUCUCUAUCUAUCUCUUUUACAUGUAUGGAGAUGCCCUGUUCCUGAUGUUCCCAGCCUGGCUCUCCACUGCCCGCUGUGUUGUUCUCCGGCUCUGCAACCCUGCACUGAUUACCAUUAACACACUCAGUAUCUGUUUCUGUAUUAGCCAUAGCUCUAUAGUUUGUGCCCAUCACAUUCUUAUAUUCAUAAAUUAGUACCUGUUAUAUUAGCCAUAGUUCACAUUAAUUCUCUGUACUGUUUUGUUCUGUUAUUUGUUUGUUGUUUGUUUGUACUGAGCGGGUCAACCCGAGUAGGAUGGGUUCCUCGGACUGAGUCUUGGUUCCUUCCAAGGGUGGUGAGCUUCCUGAGGGCUUUGAGGAUAGUUAUCCUGGUGCGUGUCUUUCGUCUGGCCUCUCAGAAGAAAGAUCUGGAGAAGGUCACUAGAAGAAAGGUAUCUGAGAACAAAAGGCGGUAACAAAAAGGAUGGAUUUGAUUUGGAUCUCACCUAUGUCACAGGCACUCUACAGAAAUCCCAUAAAAGAAGCUGCCAUAUUUCUGGACACAAAGCAUCCCGAUCAUUACAGAGUUUACAAUCUCUGCAGUCAAAAAGGCUACGAUCCACUGUUCUUCCAUUACAGAGUGCAACGAGUGAUGAUUGACGACCAUAACGUACCGUCAUUAGACCAACCCACUCGUUAGGACUCCCCCUAUCACUAGUAAUGCCCCAACACACCAGGAGGAUGAAGACUAGCACACUCUUUCUCCGAUACAUGUGAAGUCAGCCACCGCUUCUUUUCGAGCUGCUGCUGAUGCAGCAUUGCCAAGCAGCCAGCACAUUUGGAGGAAAGCGCAGCGGCAGGUGAAGUGCGUAAUAUGGACAGUGUGCGCUUUGCACUUGUGCAACUUUUUUUUAAAAACAGUUUGAUUUGUUUCUGCUAUAUUUUGAUUCAUAGCUUUAUAUAAAAUGAAAAUAACUUAUAACUAUAUUUUCUUUAGCCCGAGGAACCUGAGGAAAGUGGUGGGAAAUCUCGAGCCAGGUCAGACCUUGGGUUGGGUUUGGGCAGAGAACCUAAGCUCUUAUUCACAUAUUGAACUUUGUGUUAUUGUGUUCUCAGUGACAUGUUGAACUACACUGCCAGUUUGAGGGAAUGUCAUUGCCAUCCACUGCAAAGGAGGCAAAGGUGAUGCUGAAGUUUUCACUGAUUUAAAGACAUCAUCAAUGUUUUCUAUAUGUAUUUGAUUUGAUUUUUAGGUUAACCCAUCACCAUAGUUGUUCAGCUGAAUGUUUAAAGCCAUAUCCAAACUGGAUUCACUUAUUCAUUUUAGCUGAGCAGGGUUUUUUUUCACGGGUACGAUGGUGUGUACAUGGUUGAUUGACAGCGUUUAGUUUGAGAGUGCGCAGGUACUGUAUUUCUCCUGAGGUGAGGUGAAUGUGUAUGUAUAUAUUCAGUGUGUCAGAACUGCUCCUUUAGUUUCUGCUGUGCUCAGUUGAAGACGGAGACCAUGUAGUUAAACAUACAGCUCUGGGGAAAAAAAUGGUUUUCAUGCAUCUUGGCAUGUUCUCCUCCACCAGUCUUACACACUGCUUUUGGAUAAGUUUAUGCCAUUCCUGGUGCAAAAAUUCAAGCAGUUCAGUUUGGUUUGAUGGCUUGAGAUUAUCCAUCUUCCUCUUGAUUAUAUUCCAGAGGUUUUCAAUGAGAUUUUUAAGUGGUUUCUUUUUUUCCCAGAGCUGUAUGUCUGCACUCUCCUACAAAAGUAUUGAAACACUGAGGCCAAUUGAUUUUUUUUUUUCUUCUGCUCUAGUGAAAACAUUUUGGUGUAACAAAAAUAUAAUUUAAAGAUGAAUAUUGAAGACAAAUUGGUAAGUUCGGACAAAAGCUGAAUUGUUGACCUUUUGUCUCCUAUUCAUCUUUUAAUGUCAAACCCAAUUUGUUUUCAGUCUAAAGCAGAAAUAAAGAAAUGAGACUGACUUAUCAAGUACUUUUGGGGGGCAGUGUAUGUUUAGGGGCUGUUUCCUGUGUAGUUCCAAUUAAAAUCUGCAGUCAGUCUGCUCCUUUCAGAGUGACUGCACUGUUAUGUGUAUUGGUUAUGUAAUUUAAUGCUCCUGGGCAUUGCUGUGUUUGUUGUGCAGGUGUGGGAAAGGGCAAUGGCAGUGAUCUGAAGGUGCGGAUCAUAGUGAAAAGAGAGCAGGUGUUCCAGUGUGUCUGUGCCACGCAGACGAACUGUAGGCUGUUCCCAGAUACUGAAAACAAUGCCGUGGUGAUCAGCUUUCAGGAAGGGCCAGUGGUUUGUGGUGAUGUUAAGGUCAUGUUUGAAUCCAGGGCUGGUCUUCCAAAGGGGUAUGAGGACUAUCCUUUCUAUUUCUGGUUCAACACUUCAUUUGUAGAGAACAACAGGCUCUAUCUGUCAAGGGAGGAACUGGACAACCCACGUAAGUCCAAAACCUGGGACAUCUACAAGGAGGACUUUGGUGUGACCGUGUCUUUCAGUGACCCUGCACUUAUGUAGCAGACGACACUUGCUUGUGUAUCUCAACUAAAACCCUUAAGCCCUGCACAAGGUCUAAAUCUUUGCUCUAAUGUCGGUUUUCACACACUUAUAAAAGGUGAGUGAUGUUUAGGGAUUGGAUUCGGGCAUAUUGUGCCCCUAAAGCUAUAGCUAUAUAACCUCAACUUUAUGUCCAUCCCCCACCUUCACUGUAAGAGCUUUUUACUGAGCCGUGCAUACAUCACAAUAUUAUGCAUUUGUUUGUCAAAUGUUUUUUUGUCUUUAAAUGAAGACAAAUGUUUGUGUCAGUUUAGCAUAUUAUGCUUCCAAAAUGUAAAUCUUACUCUUUAAGCUUGAGUGUACAUCAAAUAAAGCAAUCGAGGCUGCCACUGUGAAAUGGUCAAUGGUUAUGUGUGCAGAAACAUUUUUUUGUAGUACACAUGUAUUGAAAUAAAUACGAAUGUCUCUGUAA